AUGAAGAAUUGGAUUCUCUUUUUUUCGAUCCUUUUUUAUUUAUCAAUAUUACGUUCUUUUGCCCAAGCUACUUUAUUCGAUGAUUUGAAUUUAAUUCAUUUCAAUCUGUCAAAUUUAAAUAUAAAUAUUAAACAAUUACUUUCCCCCAACACUACCAAUUUGAGAAACAAGGUAGACGGAAAUAUAGACAGUUCUUCAGAUUUGUAUGAUACAAAUACAGAUACUGAGGCCGACGAUCCAGAUAAGGAGGAUGCCUAUGCCACUGGUGAAUAUAUGGCAGGUUACGAUCCUACAACUGAUACGCUUAGUGGUAGUUCAACAACUUCUUCAAGUGAAUACUCUUCAGAACAAACUUCCGAAUUUAGCUCGAAUAAACCUACUCCAACUACUAGUAGUAUAAGUAAUCUUGCUGACAUUACUUCAACCGAACUUUCUUCCCCUGCAGAUUUUACCACUGAUACAACGUCAUCUACAACGGAAAACACUACCCCAUCUACAACGGAAAACACCACUCCUUCUACAGUGGAAAACACCACUCCUUCUACAGUGGAAAACACUACCCCAUCUACAACGGAAAACACCACUCCUUCUACAGUGGAAAACACCACUCCCUCUACAGUGGAAAACACCACUCCCUCUACAGUGGAAAACACCACUCCUUCUACAGUGGAAAACACCACACCAUCUACAGUGGAAAACACCACUCCUUCUACAGUGGAAAACACCACACCUUCUACCACUAGUACCAGUACUCCUACCCCAUCUCCUACAGAAGAAACCACCGAUACCUCUACUACUAGUACUUCUCCAACGCAAAAUGACCCUACUACUAGCACGUUCUCCAGUACUGGAAUUCCCUCAACUACUGAAGACACAAAUACAUCACCUACUACUAGUGCUACUACUCAUACUCCCUCAACUACAGAUGAAAAUGUCGUCUCUUCUACUACACCAACCACACCAAGUACUGAUCCUAUAUCUACCACUGACGAUAACAUAGUACCUUCUACAUCAGAUACGGAAACUACUACUCCUUCAAGUGCAAAUACGGAUUUUACCAGCGAUACUUCCUCAUCUUCAACAACUUAUUUUAUUAGUAGUUCCUCAUCUUCAACUGUUUCUAACACAGACAAUAGUGCAACAUCUUCUUCUGAUACAAACACAGAUACAAACACAAACACGGCUACAGAUACUGUUACAACUCCAACUACCAGUUCUGAUACAACUACGGACGUAGCUACAAGCACACCUUCUGAUACAAACACAGAUACAAAUACGAAUACAGACGUUGCUACUAAUACCAAUACUAAUACAAAUACAACCCCAGAUGUUACUAGCGAUACAAAUACAGCUACAGAUAGUGCUACUAAUAUAACUCCGGAAGUUACUGGUAAUACAGACACAAACACAGCUCCUGAUACAAACACAAAUACAAAUACAGGUCUUGAUAUCACUAGUAAUACAGAUACAAAUACAACACCUAGCACAAACACGAAUACAGACGUCCCUACUAAUACAAAUACCAACACAUCUCCAGAAAUUACUAGUAAUACGGACACGAAUACUGCUCCAGGUACAAACACAAAUACGAAUACAGGUCCUGAUAUCACUAGUAAUACAGAUACAAAUACAACACCUAGCACAAACACGAAUACAGACGUCCCUACUAAUACAAAUACAACACCUAACACAAACACGAAUACAGACGUCCCUACUAAUACAAAUACCAACACAUCUCCAGAAAUUACUAGUAAUACGGACACGAAUACUGCCCCAGAUACCCAUACAAACACAAACACCGCUCCACAAGUUUCUAGUACUAGUGAUAUGCCACCGCAAGUUUCCAGUACUAAUGAUAUGCCACCGCAAGUUUCCAGUACUAGUGAUAUGCCACCACAAAUUUCUAGUAAUACUAAUAUACCACCACAAGUUUCUAGUAAUACUGACACUGCUCCACAAGUUUCUAGUACUAGUGCUAUGCCACCGCAAGUUUCUGGUACUAGUGAUAUGCCACCACAAGUUUCUAGUAAUACUGACACCGCUCCACAAGUUUCUAGUAAUACCGACACCGCUCCACAGGUUUCUAGUGAUACAAACACAGCUGCAGAUACUGCCAUUAGUACAGGACUUACUACGAAUGCUGGCUCAGAUGCUGAUAUAACUACAGGUAUAACUACAAGCUCGAAUACAGCAACCCCUAGUAAUUCUAUUACUAAUACAGAUCUUGCUGUAUCCACUAAUUCAAAUACAGCCACAAAUUCUAUUACUAAUAUAGAUACAAGUACUAACACAAAUACAAACACUGCUUCAACUGAUGGUACUAGUAUUAAUACAGACACACCUGCCUCUGCUUCUAGUACACCCGCAACAGAAAUAACUUCAAGCCAAACUACAGACAUAUAUUCAGAGCUUCAACCAAGUAGCAAUGAAGAUAUGUUCAAUACUUAUAGUUCUAUCAGCUCUAGUACACUGUAUUCUAUAACAAGUGGAGAUACAACCACAUAUAUGAUAUCAUCAACAUCAAGUUCAACUGACUUGCCAACUCUUACUCAACUCUCAUCAUUAUCAACAGGUGAUGAAACAACUGAGCAAACUAUGGGUAAACCAUCUCUAUCGACACGUGUCCCGAGUGAGGCUUCUCCAGACAAUACGCUAAGUUAUCUGACUACAUCAUCUUCAACUGCAUCUUCUUCUCCUACUUUAGAAGUUUCUACACCAAUUCAAUCAACUACUGAGGUUACUCCGUUGACUUCAUCAAUAACUUCAUCUUUAACCUCAAUAUCACAAAUACCGGAUAAAACUUCAAAUUCAUUAACCAUUGACACCACUGAGAAAAUGGAAACAGCUUCAUCAUCUAGCGCAACUACAAUUUCUUCAACUCCUAGCUUAGCUCUAACCACUGGCACAAUUUCAAGUACAUUGCCACUAUCCACAACACAAAUUUCAUCAAUCUCAAUUUCAACACCAGUUGCUAUUGAAAAGUCCUCAACUUCAAUGUCUAUAACACAAACGGAACAACUAACUACUUCCAUAGCAUCAUUAUCUUCAUCAGUUCACACAUCUUCGUUAACCUCAGCACUAGAAAUACUGCCGUCUACUGCUUCGAAUGAUACUACAUACACUGUAGAAACUCCAACAAAUAGUCCAUCCGCUUCUUCCUUAUCACCAGUAGUCUCAGUAUCUGAAUCCUCAAUUUCUUCUCAGUCUGAAUCCGAACCUACUCUUAUUUCUCAGACAAGUACUAAUACAGAUAAAAUUUCAACAGAGAGUAUACAUCUCUCUGAUUUGGUUACGAAUGACAUAUCCUCAGCUAGUAAAUCCAGCUAUACAACCUUAGCAACCAUCUCUUCAUUUUUAUCGCAGAAUCCAACAGCUUCUUCAAAACUAGAUGCAGUUAAUUCCAUUGCUACACAAUCUAAUAGCUCAUUGAUUUCACUAUCUACAUCACCUAUUGAACAGGAGCCCGUCACUUCUGCUCCAAUUAAUGCUCCCUCUGCUGAACCUAUACAAACUAUAUUACCUUCACAAUCAUCGAGCUCUUCAACUAUUAUGACAGUAAGAACUUCAACACCAUUAUUAAUUUUACCAACUUCUACAGAUUCAUAUAGUAAUAUUAUUCCAAAUUCAAAGACCUAUUUUAUUUCUUCAGUCACAUCAGUUGGACUCUUGGGGCUUUCCGAUGAUAUUAUUGACUCGUCUAAGCCAACUAUUGCUAAAAUUAGCACCACACUAAUUGCGACGAGCCCAUUACAAACGUCUCCUAGUGUCUCGGAGUCUUUAAUUACAGAUACUAAUGUUGAUAGUUCUCAGCGUACAACUUCUCAACCAUCAAAUACCCCACUUUCUUCUACAUUUUUUAUUCCUUCUCCUGAAAAACCACCGGAAGAACCAGCAAUUCAGGGCAAUAUCUCUAGCUCUUCAGAAAUAUCUACGAGUACUACUAUUUCCACAAAAAAUCAAGUAGAAAAUUUGAACACACAAAUUGCUAACAUCAAACCUUCGUCCAGCUUAGGAGGAAUACAAGAAUCAAAUAUUAUUGGUAAGCAGUCACAAACAUCAAUUAGUUCACGUGUAACUUCUAUUGAAUCGGUUAAUAUUGCCCCUAUCUCUUCUACUCUCAAUACCCCUAAACAAUCAUCUAACGCCGAUUCUUUCCCAAAUCUUAAAUCCAAUGUAGAGAUAUCCAAUACUACUAUGACUACUUUUACGCCAGAAACUACUGUUGCUUUAAAUGCAGGUCUACCUGCACAAGAAUCACCUUUUAACUCAGUUAAAUCAAUAGAGACGUCUUCGUUUGCCAACAGUCAUAGUGAUCCUACAUCAAUCAUGGAAGCGAUCUCAACAAUAACACCUGAUAAACUUCAAACAGAACCACUGAAUCCUAAUGCAAACAACUUUCAUACCACUGUUAAUAGUACAUGCAGUAGUACAAUAUCAUCACAAAGCCUAGUUUAUGGAAAUCCAGCAGCUGCUUACCCUACUAAGAUAAGCUCUAUAACAACUGGCCCAGUGUCUGCUCAUGCCAUCAAGGAAACUACAGAUAGUACACGUGCUAUAUCAGAUAAUCCUAUUGGGUAUAUUGAUACUGCUACUAUUGACGGUUCGACUUAUUCUUCAACUAUUAAAAGUACAUUUACUACAAAAUCCGUUUCAAACGGUUCAAAUUGGUUACCUAGCACCUUAGUGGUUGAAAAUAAUCCUUCAGGUUCCGCAAAUAUGCAAUUUAACCCAUCUGAAACAUUUAAAUGGCCACGUGCUAUUACACCAGAGAAUCAGAAUGAAAAACCUGCGCCUGUUGACUCUCAACUUAUUUUAGUUGCACUCGAUAGACCCUUGAAUUACCCUUUCUUGAUUGAAAACCUAGUAUCUUCUGCUCAGGUAAUGAAUUAUAUUCCUUUUAUUCUAAGCUACUCGUUAAUCGAUUUCUCCCCUGCAGCCCCAUCGUCCUAUUCUUUGUCUGGAACAGCUUAUGAUAUUUCUUCUGAAAUCAAUAGUGGUACGACAACUUUGUCACCAGUCAUUGCAACAAAUAAAAAAAGAGAUGUUAAAACAUGGCAACUGAAUAAAAUGAACAGUAUAUCCCAAAAUACUGUGUCACAUAGUUUAAUAGAUGUUUCAUUUUUAACAGCCAAUCAAAGUAAUAUUGAAAUACAAGCUUCUAGUUCUAGUAGUACCAACUCUAUUGCAUCAUUACAAUUACAAGCCACGGAUAAUAAAACUCCUUCACAGAUAUUACCUACGAAGACAAGCGGUAACGAAAUAACCAAUUCAGAAACGUCUGAUAUUACACCCACAAGUAGCUCUUUAUAUCCAUCACUAUAUCCGGGAAUUGAAGUUAAACAGAUUAUUCCGUUAUUAAUAGAAGAUAGAGAUUAUUGGGUUGCUGGUGUACAAGUUUAUGUACCAAAUAAUGUUGUUGAUCAACUGCAAGCAUAUAUCUACGAUUUGGAUUCCAUAUUAUAUCAUAAUCCUGUUUAUAUUGCUAGAGAGUUAUCCAAUUUUAUCGAUUCUUCAAUACCUAUUGUUGGCUCAGGUAAAUAUUGGACUGCCUAUGAUGGUAAUCCAAAUGAAGAAAACGAACUUAAUACUUCUAGUAAUUCUGAAGAUACAAAUGGAUCUGAUGUAGAACCUAACUCUGACGAUGCUUCACAAAACACUAACAGUCUAGUAUACCAAGAUAUGGGUACUUUAGAUACAGGAACUAUUUUGAGUAAAAAGACAACUUUAGAAACCAGCAAAGCCUGGAUCUAUAUUGUUGCCAUGAUUUUUGGAUUCAUUUCUUUGCUUUUCAGUAUUCUAUUCUCUAUGACAUUUAUGAAAUUUUCUUAUCAAUUUGAAUUUAUCACCAAAAUUAUUCGACCAACAGAAAAAAUUUGGCCAACUAAGGAUGCUUCAAUAGGAGCAAGCCAUGCAUUAAAGAAUAAAAAUAUAUUACCGAUAGUACAUACACCUAUUAUGGAAAAGGGUGAAAUAUUUCCCUCACCUAGUAUUAAUGAUUGUGAAAUUGUAUAUGACAAUAAUAACGGAUUGGCAUAUACCGUAGAUAAAGAAGGUAAUUAUUAUUAUCAUCACAAUCUAACUACUGGAAAGGAUUUUAUAACAUUCAAUACUAGCUUACAAGACUAUAGAAAAGAAGGACAUGAUGAUAUAUUUAUUGAUCAAGAUGGUAAUAUUGAGAUUGAAGAUUCUCAUGGAAUAUAUGACAUUCCUACGAGUAGUAGCAUCAGUCAUGGUAGUUCAAUCAAGAAUCUGGACAAUAUUCGAAAAUAUAAUAAUCAGUACCAAACGGAGCCACAUAAAUACCAUUCUUACUCCCAUAGGAGUAUACUUGAUUUACAAUUGACUAGUCCUGAUGCAAAUGAUCACAAUAAUCUUAGUUUAAACGAAAAAACUGAUUAUACCACCAGCAAUACUGGCUGUAAUUCAGAUAGCUAUUCCAAUUCUCAUGAAUCAGAUUAUAGCUCUGGGUCAUAUAGAGAUUUGUCAUUUAGUAUUGGUGAAUUGGAAGAAUAUUUAUACGAAGAUGUAAUGAAUCCAUUUGAAGAUGACUCUCUUGAUAUUGAAACAGAUACUUAUACCACAGAUGACUCUAUGUCAUUUGAUUAUCAAGUGUCAUCAUUUUCCAAAGAUAAUUACUCUAUUAACCAUCCAAAUUCAAACAAUAACAAUAGUAAUACUAAUAUAAUGAGCGUUGAUGACAUCGAUAUUGAUGAAUUGGAUUCUCUAGAUCAAGAGAUUUUUCGGAAGAAGAGGUUUUUCUAA